GCUCGGAGCCACCCGGGCACUUCCGUCGCGGGGUAGCGAUCGCGGCCUGUGUAGUAGCUCUCAGGGCGGUCUUUGCAGUACCACUCGCUCUUCCUAGCGUAAAGAAGGCCGCUCCUGGACUACUGCUACAUCCUCAGCCCCUGGACUACUUCUGACCUGUUUUUUUGAAGAAAGCGUGCAUCGCUCACAGAUGGAGUUUAAUGAGAUCCUGUGUGGAUUUUCCAGUACCACAAAUAAGAUCAUGGUAUCCCCCAGCCUUCUUCCCUUCCCCUGCCCCGUCUUCUGAAAGGCUGCAGAGAGGAGGAGUAAAUCCCAGACUCCUGGCAGCAGAGCCUCACUGGGCAGAACCUAGGAUUCAUCUUCCUGUUCUGUUCAGAGUGGAAGAAGGCUAUAGGGACCUUUGAUUCAUGGACCUCAUCAUAUUCUCAGAGUGUUCAGCAAAAGGUUGGCAGAGAGGAGUUACCAGUGUAAUCAGAACCGUAUCCUGAGAUCUGGAAGGAGAACUUGUAUUAGGGCCACUGUGUGUAGUUGAUGCCUUGUACACUGUGCAGGGGCCUUGGCUGAAAGUUUGAGUAGUAUCUGGAAUCCAGCCUACAUUUUACUUACCAAGAAGCAAAAGAGAAACAAGAUUUACAACACUGGCUCUGGUGUGAGAGCUGGAUUCAAGGACCACUGCUGCCUCUUGACCUCACCUGUCAAUGGGUAUAAGAAUUGUCAUCAUGAUUUCUUGAAAACUUGCUGAAAUGCCAGCUGAAGAUGGGCACCAAUGUGUAGGUGGUUGGACAAAGGUCACCUAACUAUCGUAACAGUAGCUUCUUCACAGACUCAGUGUUCCCCGAAGGAGGAGGACACAAUGACCAAAUUCAAGGAGGUGGUGACAUUCAAGGACGUGGCUGUGGUCUUCACUGAGGAGGAACUGAGGCUGCUGGACUCUGCCCAGAGGAAGCUGUACCAAGAUGUGAUGCUGGAGAACUUCAGGAAUGUGGUCUCAGUGGGACAUCAGUCCAUCACACCAGAGAGAGAGAGAGAAGAGCUUUGGAUGAAGAAGGUGUCAACUCAGAGUGGUAACUCCCCAGGAAAUAAGAAUCUAAGUGAGAUAGAGACUCUCCAAGAAGUAAGGUUACAGUAUCUGCCCCGUGAUGAGCUUUUCUACUCACAAGUCUGGCAACAGGUUACAGGGGACUUAACUGGGCAUCAAGAUUCCAUGAUAAAUAUUCAAGGAACUGGCUCUUGGUUAAAAAAACAAGAUGUUGCACUCUCUGAAGAUGUGUUCAAGAAAUGCUUUAACAAGGAUUCACGUCUUCAAGUUUACCACAGAAUCCAUGUUGAUAAAAAACAUUACAAAAGGGAGACAUGUAAGAAAGGUUCAAUUUGGGAUUCUCAUCUUGAAGUUAACCAGAGACCCCAUGCAGGAGACAAGCCCUACAAAUGUGAAAAAUGUGAUAAUACCUUCCGUCGAUUUUCCAGUCUGCAAGCCCAUCAGAGAGUGCACAGUAGAGAGAGUUCAAACAAAUCUGAUGAAUUGUGUAAGGGUUUCAGUCAAAAGUUGCAAUUUCCCCAUCAUCGGAGAGUCUGUACUGGAGAGAAUCCAUACAAGCAUGAGGAGCAUGGGAGGAGUGUCCGAAAAAGCUCAUAUUGCCAAGGUCCUCUGCUAGUCCACCCAGGAGAGAAACCCUAUAAAUGUGAGGAGUGUGGAGUGAGCUUCAGCCAGAGCUCUUAUCUUCAAGUCCAUCAGAGAGUCCACACUGGAAAGAAACCUUAUAAAUGUGAAGAGUGUGGGAAGGGUUUCAGUUGGCGUUCACGACUACAGGCCCAUCGGCGAAUCCACACUGGAGAGAAACCAUACAAAUGCAAUGCAUGUGGCAAGGGCUUUAGUUAUAGCUCACACCUUAACAUUCACUGUAGAAUCCACACAGGGGAGAAACCCUACAAAUGUGAGGAGUGUGGGAAAGGCUUCAGUGUGGGUUCACACCUUCAAGCCCAUCAGAUAAGCCACACUGGAGAGAAACCAUACAAAUGUGAGGAGUGUGGGAAGGGUUUCUGUCGGGCCUCAAAUCUUCUGGACCAUCAGAGAGGCCAUACUGGAGAGAAACCGUAUCAGUGUGAUGCUUGUGGCAAGGGCUUCAGUCGUAGCUCAGAUUUUAACAUUCAUUUUAGAGUCCAUACAGGAGAAAAACCCUAUAAAUGUGAGGAGUGUGGUAAGGGCUUCAGUCAGGCCUCAAAUCUUCUGGCCCAUCAGAGAGGCCACACUGGAGAAAAGCCAUACAAAUGUGGUACUUGUGGGAAGGGCUUCAGUCGGAGUUCAGAUCUUAACGUUCACUGUAGAAUCCAUACAGGAGAGAAACCCUAUAAAUGUGAAAAGUGUGGCAAGGCUUUCAGUCAGUUCUCAAGUCUUCAAGUGCAUCAGAGAGUCCACACUGGGGAGAAACCAUAUCAGUGUGCUGAGUGUGGGAAGGGCUUCAGUGUAGGUUCUCAGCUUCAAGCCCAUCAGAGGUGCCACACUGGAGAGAAACCAUAUCAAUGUGCGGAGUGUGGGAAGGGCUUCUGUCGGGCCUCAAACUUUCUGGCUCAUCGUGGUGUCCACACAGGAGAAAAACCAUACCGAUGUGAUGUGUGUGGAAAGCGUUUUCGACAGAGAUCCUACCUUCAAGCCCACCAGAGGGUCCACACUGGAGAGAAGCCAUACAAAUGUGAGGAAUGUGGGAAAGUCUUCAGUUGGAGCUCAUACCUUCAAGCCCAUCAGAGAGUUCACACUGGAGAAAAACCAUACACAUGUGAGGAAUGUGGGAAGGGCUUCAGUUGGAGCUCAAGUCUUAUAAUUCAUCAGAGAAUCCAUGCUGAUGAUGAGGGUGAUAAGGACUUCCCUUCAUCAUAAACUCAUAAAUUUUACGUUUUAGUAUCUCAAAUGGGUGCUGAAAUAGUCCAAUUAUCAGAGCUGUCAUAGAAGAUAAAAGAUUUGCUUAAUAAAAGGGCUGGAUUUUGCUAGAGAUUGAUAGUGGUUGAGAGACCAAACACAGAGAAGCCUCAUAAGAAUGGAACCAUAGGACUUUAUUCAGAACCUUCACCUCUAACAGAUAUAUACAGACAAGAAGCUCAAGAAGGAUGAAUCUGAUCUGGAAAAAUCUAAAAAGUACCAAGAUGGAAGUGCCAAAAUCCAUUCAAUUAGAAUAUAAUUUCCAAAAGAGUAGAGACCUUAUUGACUGCCAAAUCUCUGCAUUUUCAGUGCCUAGUAUAUUGUAUGCUCACAGUAAUUGCUAAAUAGUAGAAAGGAGACCAGUUAUAUUUAAAGUUUUUUAUCCAGUUCAUCUCUAAAUUAGUUUCUGUAAAAUUAUCCUCAGAUGAAUUGUUCUACAAGGCUUAGAGGACAUUUAAAUUAGAUAUAUGCACACAUCUUUCCAACCCUGUGCAUCCUAUAAAUGAAGAUUUAUCAAAUUGGGGAGUGGUAUAGCUCAUUAGUAGGUUCAUAACUCAGUUCAGUGGAUUGUGGCCAGAAUUAUUGUACCUUAUUGGGGUAUAGUUUGAAUUCAGUAACAUGUAUAAAUCUCAAAUCUGUGGCUUCCUAAAUUGUUUUUUGGUGCUGGGGAUGGAACCCAGGGUCUCACCCAUGCUAAGCAAGUCCUCUAUCACUGAUCUACACCCCAGUUCACUUCCUAAGUUUUGACAAAUGUGUACAAUAUUUUUGUUAAGCAGAAAGUUUCUCCAUGCCCAUUCCCAGUUAAUCCCACCUUCAAUGCCAAUAUAUAUUAUGAUUUUUACUCUAUAAAUUAGUUAGCUCUGUUGAAUAUCAUAUUGGUUCAGUACUUUUCUGUUUGUGGAUCCUUAGGAUUAGUGUUUCAGAUUCAGAGAAAACAUUUAACAAAAUUUAGCAUCUGUUCAUGAUUAAAAAUUUCUUAGAUAAAAGAUAUAUGAAACAUUAAAAAAUUUUUAAAUAAGGAAUAAUUUAUAUACACUAAAGCUGAGCUUUGGUAAAUGUUUACUGUCAGGUAACCACCACCACAGUAAAAAACUUUUAAAAGUUCUAGUACCCCCUGCCUCAAAGUUCCCUUGUUCAGUAGUCAGCCCUUCUCCCCAUUGCCAGUCUGUGGCAACCACUGACAUGUUUUUUUAUUACUUUUACUUUUCCCAAUGGAAUCUAAUAGAAUGUAGAUUGUUGAUUCUGGCUUUUUGCACUUUGCAUAAUGCUUGGGAGAUUUGCACGUCUUCUUACAUGUAUCUGUCAUUUCCUUUUUUUGUGGAGCGGGACAGUGCUCGGGAUCAAACUUAGGGCCACAUGAAUGCUAGGCUAAUGCUCUACCACUGGGCUCCUUCCCCAGGCCUCAAGUCAUUCCUUUUAUUGCUGAGUAGUACUCUGUUGUGUGGAUGUACCACAUUUGCUUAUCCAUUUGUCACUUGAAGAAUAUUUGGGUUUUCAGAUUCAGCAGCUAUGAAGAAAGCAGCUAGAAACAUUUGCAUACAGUUUUGUGUAUCAACAUGAUUCCUUUUGUCUUCAUAAAUAUCUAGAAUUAUUGCUGGGUUGUAUGGUAAAAAUAUUUUUAACUUUCCAAAACAUGGACAAACUUCUAAAAUGGCUGUCCAUUUUGUAUUCCCAUCAUCAAUGUAUGAGAGUCCCAGUUCUUUCUCACCAAGAUGUGUUAGGGUUUCCUUUUGUUUUUGUUUAAUCUGUUGUGUUUCACAAGGCUUUAGUGGUAUCUCAUUUUGGUUGUCAUUUGUGUUUCCCUAGGACUACGUUCAGUGUCUUUACAUGUGCUUGUUUGGUGUUCUUAUUUACUUUGGUGAACUGUUGAAAUCAUGGCCCUUUAAAAAAAAAAAAAAAACAGAAAAAACAACUGUGUGUGUUAAGGAAAAAAAAAAAAAACUCUGUGUGUGUGUGUGUGUAUAUAACUGAUCCAAAUACAUAUCUGUUGUUAGCCAUGUGCUUUGCAAAUAUUUUAUCACAGUAUGUGGCAUUUGUUUUUAUUUGAUUAACAGUAUUUUUCACAGAGUGGAAAUUUAAAAUUUUUUGAUAAGGUUCAAUUUUGGACUUUAAUGGAUUAUUAUUUUUCUGUUCCCAGAUAUAAGUACUCUACCUAAUCCAAGGUAACAAAAAUUUUAUGUCUUCAGGACUGUGAAGAUAUCUAGGACUGUGAGCCAUUUGAGUUAAUCUGUUAAGGUGUGAGGCCAAGGUCCCUUUUUUUGUAUGGACACUCAAUUAUCUACCUUUUCAACACUGAAUUGCUCUCUCACCUUUGUCGAAAAUCUGUGUGUAGGUCUUUUUCUGGCCUUUGGUUUCAUUGAUCUUUGGAUCUAUCAUUUUGCCAAAUAUUGCACAACCAUAGCUCUUGUUUAUGUAUCUUGAAAUAGGAUAAUGUAAGUCUUCCGAUUCCAUUGUUUUUCAGCACUAAUUUGACUUUUGUUUAUCCUCUUAUAAUCUGUAGACUCUAGCUUUGUGAUUUUUAAAAGUGCAUUCUUCUGAUUUUUCUUAGGAUUUCAUUGAAUGUACAAAAUGAAUUUAGAGACAAUUGUCAUCUUAGCAAUAUUGAAUGUUCCACAUCAUAGACAUGGUAUAAUUUUGUUUGGAACUUCUUUGGUUACUUUCAUGAGAAGUUUGUAGUUUUUAGCAUAUAGAUCCUGUACAUAUUUUAUUAGAUUUAUACAUAAGUAUCCCAUGCUUUUUGGUGCUAAAUUAAAUGGUACUGUUUAUCAAA